ACAGUUCUACCAAGUGUCUCCAAGAUGCAGUUUUGGGCUCCAGUUUUCCUGUUGCUGUCUCUCUCACUAUGUCACGCUCGUCCAGACGACUUGAACAACUCCUUUGAUGACGACUUCCGGCCCAGCCAGGCUGACGUCAUUUCAUUCUUGCAAAGUUUCCGCCCGACCGGCCGUCCCUCCAGCAGGCAACGUACCUUCUCCGACGAGGUAGUGACAGCCCCCGUCUCCACCUACUCUCUCCCGCUCGAAAACCACGCCCCGUCUAGCACAUACCAGGCCCCGAGAACUACCUCCUCCUCCUCCAGAGAGCUCGGCCUUCAGCGCCCCUUCUCUCCCCAUCCCUGGCUCUUACCAACUAAGGUCUAUUCCUACAGUCUGCCAGAGGUGAAGGUCCAUCCCCGGCCUGGCACUUACCAACCACGAGGCUCCUUCUCCUCAUCCUCCAGGGAGUACAGUUCCCCGAGUACUUUCGUGUCUCCCCCAUCUAAGGAGUACUCAGAGCCUUCGCGAGUACCUUCCAUUCCUGACAGCAGCUACGUCUCGACCACCAUCCCCAAUCGUCACCAGGGACAAAAUGUUGUGUCUAAAGAAUACGCCCCUACUCACCAGACCUACGGUGCCCCGACCACAUCUUACUCUCCCUUCGUCACCAGCCGCCCGCCAACCACCAAGUAUUACGUCACUCCCGCUACGGCUUACGUUCCCCCAACUCGCACUUACUCUCCUCCUUCUAGAACUUAUGGUCCUCCUUCCCGAGUCUCAGGUCCUUCUUCCAGAACAAAAGUAUCCGGAGAAUCGUCCUUCGAGCAGACCGCAGGGCCAUCAGUGUUCUUCACCACAGAUGACUCCAAAGAAAAUAACGUUUUUUCACUGUCGUCUACCCGAGGGAGAAAGGUGACAUCUCAGGUGCCAAGAGGGUCUUCACAGUUCACCAAGUUACUCAGAGAAGCAACAGACACAUCUCUCGAGGAUAAGAACAACUCCUUCAGUUACGUCGUCAGCAGCCCUGGGGUCCUCACCUCGUACGGAGAGCACCAGGAGGGCGUUAACUUCGGUCACACUGAGAGGAAUGAAGGCUACAGGCGGGAGGGACGCUACUUCACUACCCUCCCUGAUGGUAGGACUCAGGUGGUUCACUACUACGCUGACGAAACAGGCUACCAUCCUACCAUUACCUACAUCUAAAGAAACUGAACACCAUCCUACCAUAACCUAAGUGUCGAGGAACCUAUUACUAACCUACCCUAACCUACCACCCACCAUCCUACCUUAACCUAUUUCUAACUAACCUACUACCCACCAUCCUACCCUAACCUACCACCAUCCUACCCUUACCUACUUUGAGUUAACCUACCACCCACCGUAACCUACUUCUAGCUAACCUACCAACCACUAUAACCUACUUCUAACUAACCUACCACCUACCAGCCACCGUAACCUUCUUUUAGCUAACCUACCAUCCACCAUCCUACCCUAACCUACUUCUAGCUAACCUACCACUCACCAUCCUACCCUAACCUACUACCAUCCUACCCUAACC